AUGGUGUCCGCCUUCAUCCACCCUGAUUCAUUACAUACGCUUGAAGAUCCCGUAGGUGUACCAUUUAAGAAAUGCUGUUGCAUUCUUACUCCCGGGAAAAUAAAGAAUGGAGGAAUGUAUUGGCCCACAGCACUAAAACAACAUGCCACACUGAUAUUUGUGCCCUUUUCGGCAGAAGACACUUUUAUGACUCUACGGGUUCCAAUUGGACUUGGAGUUUUAGUAGGCACAGUAGAACAGCCGAAUAUGCCAGUUAGUACCGGAAGAUUUAGAUGUACAUUUACAAAUGAGCAAAUGGAAAAUCUAAGGCAAUAUGUAGAAGAUGUAAAUAAAAGAGCAUUUGGCAUAACUCGAGAACAGUUUGCAAGAAUUGUCUAUGAUUAUGCCGAAACGCUUAGGAUUUCUCACCGCUUAACAAUAUUACUAAGGAGGCAGGAAAAGACUUUAUUCAAGACUUUAUGGAAAAAUUUAGGAUUUCAUUAAGAAAACCCGAAGCUACUUUCGCAGCGAGAUUGCAAGCUUUUAAUAGAACAAGUGUCGAAGCAUUUUUUACUUUAUAUCAAGAAGUGUUGGCCAAAAUAAAUUACGCUCCUCAUCAAAUCUUUAAUAUAGAUGAGACCGGCUGUCCUACUGUGCCUACUAAAACUCCAAGCGUCCAAUUGGAACCCGUAGAGUCAUAAAAGUGUCUUCUGCCGAAAAGGACACAAAUGUCAGUGUGGCAUGUUGUUUUAGUGCUGUGGGCCAAUAUAUUCCUCCAUUAUUUAUUUUCCUGAGAGUAAGAAUGCAACAGCAUUUCUUAAAUGUUGCACCUACGGGAUCUUCAGGCGUAUGUAAUGAAUCAGGGUGGAUGAACGUGGACAACUUUAUUUUGUGGUUACAACAUUAUAUAAAAAAUGUGAGGCCUUCCAAGGACAAUCCUAUUUUACUUUUAAUGGACAACCAUUUGUCGCACGUAACUUUACCGGCAGUAACUUUAUGUCGAAAAAACUAUAUUGAUGUUUUGGGUUUUCCUCCUCAUACAAGUCAUCGUAUGCAAGCGUUGGAUGUGUCUUUUUACGGACCCUUUAAAACCGCUUAUAGCCGGGCAUGCUAUAAUUAUUUAAUGCAACAUCCAAGUCAAGUCAUUACAAUUAAAGAUGUGGCAGGGAUUUUUAGUGUGGCUUACAAUAAGGUAAGGCCACAAUAAAAAAUGCUGUUCACGGUUUUAAAGCAACUGGUUUAGUUACACUAAAUUCUCAAAUUUUUGAUGAUUCUAUGAGCCUUCAAUGGCAACAGAUAAACCAUUCGAAGUGUCAAAGGGUCUUAACAGAGAAAACCCCUCUUCUGACAAUGAUAUGUCAAUACAAACUACAGCUACUACUGGAUUCAACCCAAGUGAUACUGAUGCUUCUUUAGUACUUGUCAACUCUGAAGUUAUAGCAGGACCAUCUAAAAAAGGUUCACUCGAACCCAGAGCUGGACCUUCUAAAACAUUAUUUGGCUUGCCUCAACUCUCUGCUGCUAUUCUCACGACAAAAAAACCAAGAAAGAAAUUGCCGUCAUUGUAUAUAACUAGUACUCCUGUUAGUGAUACCUUGGAGAGUAAAGAAGCUGGGAAAAAAUUAAAGAGGAGAAGAAAAAAGAAAAUCCGAAAAGAAAAGCUGAAAAUGCUAAAAAAAUGCUAAUAAACCGAAAAAGAUGGCCACACAAAAGAAAAAAUUGCAGAAACAUGUUAGACAAAUAAAGUUUGAUAAUGACAGUGUGUCUUCAGAUUCCACCAUAUAAAUAGAUUACAUGGAAAGUGAUCAUGACAUCGAUUACGUCGGAGAUACAGAAGAAGUUUGUUUAAUUUGCAGUGAAUCAGGCAAAGAUGAACUUUGGUAUGCCUGCUCCUCUUGUAGUAAAUGGGUGCAUGCCGCCUCGUAAGGCAUAUGUUUGUGACUUUUGUCAAGUUUAAUAAAAAUAUAAUUAAUUUUCAAAUAUAGUUUCUUUUUCGUCAUCUUACCCACCCAAUAUUGUCAUCUUACCCGCCUACGAGGGCAAGAUGACGAACUUGACAUCCAAUUUUUAAGGUAAAGAAUU